AUGUCUUCUCUUCCAUAUGCAGAUGCAAAAAUUGCGCAGCUUCAGCGUGACGCGGACGACUGUCUACUUACAUAUGGAACUGCAUUUCAUCCGGAAAUCAUCACUUCAACUGAUGGCAUUAACGUCGAGACAGCUUCGGGCCACCGAAUGAUGGAUUUCACCUCUGGCCAAAUGAGUACUUUGAUCGGACAUGGCCACCCUGAAGUUGUGAAAGUGAUUGCGGAUCAUGCGCAGCACCUCGAUCAUCUUUUUAGCGGCAUGAUUAGCCCUCCGGUGAUUCACCUUGCGAAACGACUAACUAGCGUCGCGCCUGCCGGGCUCGACAAGGCUUUCUUCUUGUCCACUGGAGGGGAAAGCAACGAAGCCGCCAUUCGACUAGCCAAGUUCUAUACCGGCAAGUGGGAAAUCGUGGGCCUCGCUGCCUCAUGGCAUGGCAUGACAGGCGGAUCGCUGGGUGCUCAGUAUCAUGCAGGACGUUCCGGUUACGGUCCGAACAUGAUUGGAAAUCUAGCGCUACCAACCCCCAACUCCUAUCGCUCAAUAUUCAGGCACGUCGAUGGUUCACAUGACUGGAAGACUGAGCUGGACUAUGGCUUCGAUCUUCUAGACAAGCAAUCCUGCGGAUCACUUGCGGCAGUUAUCGUCGAACCCAUUUUAUCGAGCGGAGGCAUGCUGGAGCUUCCUCCGGGAUACCUGAGGGCCUUGAAGGAGCACUGUGAGGUGCGAGGUAUGCUUCUCAUCGUUGAUGAAGCACAGACAGCACUCGGAAGAGCUGGUGAUAUGUUCGCGUUCACACAUCAUCCCGAGGAUGAGGGCGUCGUACCGGAUAUCCUGACACUCAGCAAAACGCUUGGAAAUGGAAUACCACUUAGCGCCGUCAUGACAUCGAACCGCAUCGCCCAGCAUGCUAAAAACCACGGUUUCUUGUUCUAUACCACGCACAUCAACGAUCCUCUUCCAGCUGCUGUUGGCGAUAAGGUUCUCGAGAUCGUUAUCAGGGACGACCUCUGCGCUCGUUCCAGGACACUCGGUGUCAAGCUCCAAGCCGGUCUCAGGCGACUACAGUCACGAUAUGGUUGUAUUGGUGAUGUACGUGGCCGAGGCCUGAUGGCCGGCAUGGAAGUCGUCGGCGACAGAAAGUCGAAGGUUGGCGCCCCGGAAGUGGGGGCUGCAGUGUCGAACAAGAUGGUAGAGAUGGGCCUUUGGGCUCAAUUAGCCACCAUGGCAUCUUUCGGUGGAGUGUUCCGCAUUGCGCCUCCGAUCACAGUUACUGAGGAGCAGCUCGAUCUCGCAUUGACAAUCAUUGAGGAAGCAUUGAGGACGACUCCAGGUACGAUGCCGCUAUACACUGAUGUUGACGCGCGGCUAUAA